AUGUUUUCUGUCGGCGCAUUACCCAUUCUACCAAUCGGUAAUUCCACUACCAUUUUUGGUUCUACCUACGAUUCCUCGUCACUUUGCGGCGUGUUCUUGGCUUUUCUCAUUACCUUCCUCUUCAUUUGUUUACAUUUAGCGACAGCGAAGACACCAGCUAUCUCACCUCCCUGUGAGAAAGUCAUUGAAGAGGCAGAGCGGACAAAUCGUCGCAAUGGACACGAAAAUGCGGGUUUCCUCUCCAAAGAGGCAGCAUUUAUGCCUCUCGAGACAAUGAAGGCAUUUCCACCUUCGCAUUCAGUAUGGGACCAACUUACUGCCGACCUACCUCGGUUGGUCCAGGCUCAGUCUGUCCGAAAAGCAGUUACUGAGAUGCCUUUGCUCGACGCAUCUUCAGAAGCUCUACCCGAAAUUUACCUCCAACGGGCCGCCAGCAUUCUAGGAAUGACGGCCCAUGUGUUUGUCCCCAUGGAAGGAAGCGAGCCUCUUACUUUGAAAUAUGACAGACACAGCGACAUACUGCCUCCGUCACUUGAGAUCCCGUGGACUAUUGUCUGUAAAAGACUUGGGCGACCAGGUCCAGCUUUAACUUACAUUGACGGAGUGGUAGCCAAUUUCACAUCAUCAGCUUUAUCACACAGUAGCGUGACGCUCGAGAACUUGGAGAUACUCAUUCCAACCGUUGGUACAAUAGAAGAGCGUACUUUCAUUGGAAUAAUGAUUGAAAUGAGUGCGAAGGCAAUACCGAUUCUACAUCAGAUCAUCGAGGCCCAAAGAUCAGUCUUGGCUCGUGAUUCCUCUUCGAUCAAAGACGCAAUACGAAGUCUACACCCUCUCUUGAAAGAUAUUACCAAAACUCUCGUUAAGCUCCACGCGAACAGGUCCCAGAGCUCGCAUAUUGAUCCUAUCUUAUGGACACUCACCGUGGCGAAUUUGGGGAUUCCUUGGGUGAAGGGUGUGGUUGGGGCGGCUGGUACAGCCCAUCCAUUCUUUCACAUGAUGGAUGAGUUUACCGGGCGAUCGGAGUACAAGAUGGGUAUUGGUAAAGAAGCUCAAAUUGUUCGGGCUAUGUAUCCUAUUCAUUGGCGCCAAUUUCUCGAAGCUAUCACGGAAGUUUCCGUCCCGAGAUAUGUUGCCGCUUCUGAUGAUCCGGAAUUGGUCGAACUCAUAAAGCACAACUCACAAGAGACCGGUUACUGGUUCUCGGCCAAAGAGGGUGUUUACGACACAAGCACAUUAAUGCAGAGGCAUCCAGGAGGAGAUACCGUGAUCGCAUUGUGUAGUGGUCAAGACAUCACAGACAGCUUGAAGGCCGUCGGCCAUUUGACGAAUCCUUCAACCCGCAGUAAAAUGGAGACAUAUCGAAUAGGGAGCCUGGAGAAACCAAAAUUCGACUCGUCAUCGGCAGUGCAAGCAGAAGACCUCUACAUGGCCGCCGUUGAUCUUGGCCAAAAGGCAGCCGAAAUGGAAAAUGUUUACCGGGUCAACUUCCAAUUAUUGGAUGGAAAACUCACCAUUUUGGAUGAGCCCGAGGUUCUCACACCUAAGAAGGCACGCCAUCUGCUUGAUGCAAAGAACCGGCUUCAGAAUGACCAUGUUCCGGUAUUAGUGAUGCUUGCGAAUUCCCUACUCGACAAUAUCGCUGGGUUGGACACAACGCUUGACCUGAGCAAUAUUCGUGCAGAAAUGGUCGGUCUUAUUGGGCCAGAAACGAGAUUGGCCACUGCCACUCGCUUUUUGGACUAUAAAAUGGCGGUGGAAACGCUGCAAAAAGACUUGGAUCGGCUGUCUGAAGUGAAAGAGCUCAUGGUCUUGGUACUUGAGACUCUCGAAAAGCCUUGCUUCGCAUACUCUGAGCCGAGUCAGCUUGAAUCAAUUGUGAACUUGUUGAGUCGAAUAACGAGUCAGUUUGUGCUGCUUGCUGGAAGAUGA